AUGUCAGGAGCCAUUGUGCCAUCGGCCGGCCAGGAGCAGCGCCGGCCAUGCGACGUAGCGACGUUUCAGAGGAGCAACGUGCACAUCCUGCUGUCGGAUAAGGACACGGAGUCACGCCAAAAUGUUCUCGAACUGCUUCGCCGCUGUUCGUACCGAGUGAUGUCGACGCGCGACGAGAUGGCGAUCGUGGUCAAGUGUCUGCGCCUGGGCGCGGCGGACUUUCUCGUGAAGCCGCUACGCACCAACGAGCUCCUCAACCUCUGGACGCACAUGUGGCGCCGCCGCCGAUCCGUGGGAUUGGGGGAGGCUCCGCGGAACAUGAUGGCGGUGAGCGCAAGCGAGGUGGCGCACGACCUGGUGUUCGUGGAUACGAGCGAGUCGAACACGGGCACCGGCAGCACGGACCUCUUCUCCGAAGAGACGGACGAUAAGCGCCGCAGCAGCGUGCAGCAGCAGCACCUGCAGCAGCAGCUUCAGGAGCAGCAGGAGCAGCAGCAGCAGUUGCAUGAGCUGGAGCAGCAGCAGGAGCAGGUGCAGGCGCAGAGGCGGCAGCAGCUUGUGCUGCAGGAGCAGCAGCAGCAGAAGCAGCAGCAAGUGCUAGUGCGGAAGGAAAGGGAGGAGGUGACGGAGGCGGAUGGAGGGGAGAGGAAGGAGGCGGGGCAAAACAAGAGGAAGGAAGCGGAGAGACAAGCUAAGGACACGUGGGGAGUGGGAAGGGACGACGUGUGGCGGAACAGAGCUGCGCGGGGAGUGGCGGAGCAGGGGGAAGAGGGGAAAGAGAUAUAUGCGGAAGAAGAGAUGGCGGAAGGGGAGGGGGAGGGGGAGGAAGUGGAGAUGAUAUUAGAGCGGCAGGAGCGAGAGCAGGCGGAGGCGGAGGAGGGCGGGCAGCAGCAGUGUGAGCUCAUGCUGCUCGAGACGCGAGACGCGCCCGGGGGGAAAGGAGCGGGAGUGGAAGAGAGGGAAGAGAGCGACGCGGAUGAGCAGCCGUUGAAGCGGCGGCACGUGGCGGCGCAGCGAGAGGGGGGGGCGGCGGGGGGAGGUGGCGGAGUGGCGCACGGUGGAGCGCACGAGAGGAGGAGCAAGCUCGGCGCGCAGGACAGGGCGGAGCAGGAGGAGGUUGAGGGCCAGCCGCAGCCAAUGCCUGCGCUCGAGCUCUCGCUCAUGCUGCCACGUGUCGCGCUGCCGUUGGACGUGCCAUUUGCGUCCGAGCGCCGUCUGCCGCCCGACCGAGCCGCGCUCGAGACCCCACGCCCCGCCAUGCCCCCCGCUACGGCCGCCACUCUCCUCGCGCUCUGCACCUCCGCCGUGGGCGCCGUAACAUCCGCUACACUGCGCACCACACACUUGGCCGCGACAGCUGCCGCUGCUGCUACAACUGCAGCUACAUCAGCCGAUGAUACUGCUGGUGCCAGUGCGCGUGGUGCGGCAAGCGCAGCAGCAGGUGAUGCUGGUGCCGCGAGUGCAGUGGCAGCAGGCCUCUCCUUGUCGCCCGCCUUCCCCCCCACCGCGCACCCCCUGCUCCCUCCGCCACACCACAUGCUUCUGCGCCGAGCAGUCUCCCACGAACCCACCUCCGCGCCUCUCUUCCCCGCCGCCCGCCCUUUUCCCUCCCCGCCCCUCCACGCGUCCCGCGCCCUCCCCACGCGCGCCUCCCCGCACCCUCCCGGCUCCGCAGCCGCUGCCACUCUCCUCCCCCCUUCCAGGCCCCUUCUGCCCUUCCGCCUCGCGCCCUCGCCCCCAUCUGCGCCCUCUGCGCCCUCGCUUCACUCCCCCCCCGCGCACCACGCGUUCCCCACGCGCACCAUCAGCCAGCCCAUCCUCCCCUCCGCUUCCGCCGCCCGCCCUCCCGCACUCCGCCUAUCCCAAAGCCCGCCCGCGCCUGCGUCCGCGCCUGCUACCACUGCCGCUGCUGCAGCUGCUGCGGCCGCGCCCAGCCUGCCCGCUUCAGCUUCCGCUGCUGCGCGCGCCUCACAUACCGCCGGGCGCGCUGCUCUGAGUCGCUCAGCAAGCGCGGAGCAGGCCGCGGAGAGGAGCGAGGCGCAGGGCGCGGGCGCCAAGGGCGCGGAACCAGCGCCGGCGACGGGAUUGCCUUUCGCCGGGCGACGGAGGUCGCCUGCACGGCUGGUCUCGAGGGCGGGUGCAGUUGCUGCUGCUUCCGCUUCUGCGUCUCCUCCUGUGUCUGCUCCUGCGUUGAAACGGGGAGGUGGUGAGGCGAUGGCAGGACGGGGAAGGGUGGCUGGAAGUGACGCGAAGAGACAACAGCAGCAGCAGCAGCAGGGCAACGAGGUAGCAGGGAGGAGGAGUCCUGCAGUCGCGGGUCGGAACCGGGGCAGUCCCCCUUCCCCCUCCGCCAGCGCCACGCCUCCGCGGACGGCCUCACGCGCAGCAGCGCGCGCGCCUCCAAGCCCUGGCUCGCUGCAGUCGCGCUUGGGGGCGGCGCAGCAACGCGCUGUUGCUGGGCUGUGUGGUGGGGGGAGGGGAGGGGUCGCGGAAGGGGCGGGGGUAUCAGCGGGAGGGGAAGGCGUAGCAGGCAGAUAUGGAACACAGGGGGCGCAAGGCAUGGCGCAGAGCAUGGCACACGGCUCGGCGCAAGGCAUGGUCAACGGCACGGGACACGGCAUGGGACAAGGCACGGCUAGGGACGGUGGGGGGGCAGAGGUGAACAUGAGUGGCGGCAGCAGCGGCAGCCUUGUAGCCGGGCACAGUGCAGCCUUCUGGAACCACAUGAUCGACCGCAGCGGCCUCCGGGGGUACCUCCCCCACUCCCUGCCCCACUCCCUGCCCCACUCCCCGCCCGCCAUGCCUGCUCCUGCUUCGAACCUGCGCGCCGGAUCGCCGAACCUGCCCAAUGGAGCGCCGAGCCUGCGUGGCGGCUCGGGCAGCUUGGCGGGUUACAAGAGGCAACUAUCAGGGGCAGCACGUGUGGAGCAUGGGUCCGGACAUGGGUCUGGACUGGGUGCCAAGUCGCCCUCCCCUGCUCCCUCUCCUGCCGCUACGCCCUCUGCUGCUUCUGCUCCCUGUGCUCCAUCUGCUGCUUCCAGUGCCGCUGCCGCCACUGCGGCUACUGCCGCGGCAGCAGCGGGUGCUAUUGCUACAGCGCAACGCCAGGCAGUACCUACCUUCCCGCGCCCCACCGUGCUCCCACCGGCGCCGCUGCGGGAUCGCUCUCCGUACUCCUCUGCUCACCACGCCCACACGCACUCCUCCUCCGACCUCUUUUCUGCACAGCACGCUACUCCCAGCCACACCACUCCUGACCGCUGCUUCUCCACCCAACACGUGCUGCAGCAACAGCAACAACAGCAACAACAGCAGCAGCAGCAGCAGCAGCAGCCUGAUUUUAACUCGCCUCCCUCCGUGCCUGCUCUCUCUCUUCACUCCAACCUCGCAGUAGCUGCAGCUGCUGCUGCCGCUGCCGCUGCUGCGUCGGGCUUGCCACCACAGCAUCCCAUCGUGCAAUCACUCGCAGCCGCGGCCGCUGGCAAUGCCAUGCAGCAAAUGCAGCAACAGCAGCAGCAGCAGCAGCAGCAGCAGCAGUUGCAACAGCUUCACCAGACCCAGCAGCAGCAGCUGCAGCAGCAGCAGCAGUACCGCCCGUCUCACCAUUCACAUGCUCUGGCUGCAGCAGCAGCAACGUUCGCCCAUCUCCCCCCUGAUGCAGCAGCAGCAGCCGUCGCAGCCUUCUCUCGCCUCCCUCCCGAAGCCCUUGCAGCAGCAGCUGCUGCUGCUGCAUCAUCCAACCACGCACACGCCUCCCUCCCUCUCCCUUCCUCCCUCUCACCUGCAAACCCCUUCUCCUUCCUAUCGUCCCUUGCUGCCGCUCCAGCCAUAUCCCCGUCCCUGCCUUUCCCGGGAAUCAUGGGUGCAUUUAACCCGGCCAUGCCUUUCCCCUCAUGGCCCGACCCCUCUACCUCUGCCAUGCUUUUCAACCCAACUACUGACGCUGCUUCUGGGGGGGUAGCAGGAGGAAUGGGCGGAAUGGGCGGAAUGGGAGGAACAGGAGGGAUGGGAGGAAUAGGCGGAAUGGGAGGAAUGGGAGGUAUGGGAGGUAUGGGGGGCAUGGGGGGAAUGGGAGGAAUGGGGGGAGGGGUGGUGGGUGCAGUGGGAGGGGGAGGGGCAAGUGCAGGUGGGGAUGGGUUGAUGGAGAGGCGGGUGGAGGGAUACCAGCGUAGGGAGGCAGCACUGAACAAGUUCAGGCAGAAGCGCAAGGACCGUUGCUUUGAGAAGAAGAUUCGGUACGUGAGCCGAAAGAGACUGGCGGAGAUGCGACCGCGAGUUAAGGGGCAGUUUGUGCGGAAGAAAACGGCGGGGAAAGGACAUGGCGGGCAGCAGGAGAGCGAGGAGGAGGACGAGGAAGAGGAGGAGGAUGAGGAGGAAGAGGAGGAGGGAGGGAACGAGUAG